AUGCACUCAUCUCUAACCUUUUUCAUCAUGAUGACGACCGUUGUUCUUACUCAGUGUCAUCCCCACUGGUUGAGACAAUUCAGGAAUGUACAAGCAGAAGUUAUGCCAACAUUUGUCGAAGAACGUACCGCACGAGCCUUUCUACCACCGCGAUACCGAAAUUUGUUUGGUGAGCAUAGCUCGAAGGUCAGAAAUGAAGGAUUCGCUCCGCAAACCUUCAAUGACAUUACAGGAAAGGACUCAGGUGAAGAACACCGUUUAUUAUUAUUAUUAUUAUUAUUAUUAUUACCAUUAUUAUUAUUAUUAUUAUUAUUAUUAUUAUUAUUAUUAUUAUUAUUAUUAUUAUUAUUAUUAUUAUUAUUAUUAUUCCUAUUAGUUCGAAUGUUCUCUUGUCUUGAAACCUCGGCAUAUUCUGUCUACGUUUUGUGA